AUGCAGGAGCCCAGCAUGAGUACAGACUCGGUGGACUAUCAGAGUGACACGGGAAGUGAUGAACGCCUUGCGUCGCAACCUGCUCGCACCAAAAUCGAAGCAAAUUUCAAUGUCGCACGCCCUCCACCGAAAUCAUCACUACGCCUCUCGGCAAAACUACUUCUCCAAAUCCAACAACUAGCUCCCAACACCCGUCCCGUCCCAGUCCUCGAAGUAUGGCAACCACCACUCCGCAAGUCAAAGUUAACCCAAGAUUUCCAUCUGCGCCCGAAAUUAAAGAGCGGCGACCUCUAUGCGACCCGCGAUGAACCAUUUAUCUUCAGCGCGAACUUGCGCAAGCAAUCCACCAAAUCAGACCUGACCGACUCUAGCGACACCCACGCUGUAGAUAAAGAAAUUGUGGCCGCCAUUUGCUAUCCCACUGCCGGCGAAGAGUCGACCUCGGUGCAUUUCCGCGAUUCAGAAUGCUGCUGGCAGACCGGCGCAGCUGCCAAACCCCUGGAAGGGAACCCAUGCUACCGGUUUACUAUGCGCGGCGAGGACAAUCUGGACCCGAGCCAGCCGGGGCGAAUGAUCCUACAGUGGGAGAAACGGGAUACCGCAGGAAAAGAAAAUGCAGAAGAACAGUUUAUCCUGUUCCUGAUUGAUCGGCAGGCCCGACGGAAGAGCCGCAUUGCUACUAUGAGCAGAGUAAAGCUGGAGAUAUAUGUGCGGAAAGGCUCGAUUAUCGAGACUCUGCAACUAUGUCUGGAUUUAACGAAGCCCUCAACGCGCCCCGGGGCCAACGCCCACGAGAGAUUGGAGACGUGGCUUUUUACGUUAGUUCUCACGUUAGGAGUAUGGGUUUCGCAGCAGGAAGGCUGGCUAUAA